AGACUACUGCUUACUACUACACCUUCUUCCCUUUUCUCCCUCCCCUCCCUUAUCAUCAUCUUCUUCUUCUUCUUUUGUUCUCUUCCUUCUCACUCCUUCAGACUCUAGAGAAAGAGAGAGAAAGAGUAUAUGGGGAAUUGCCAGGCCAUAGAUGCGGCAGUGCUGGUGAUACAACACCCAAAUGGGAGAGAGGAGAGGCUGUACUGGCCUGUGACUGCCAGUGAGAUCAUGAGAGUGAACCCUGGUCACUAUGUCUCCCUCAUCAUCCCAUUGCCCCUCUCCCAUGCCCACCACCAACACCAACACCAACACCAACUACCUCACAGUACCCCCCAUGACCACAAGACUGUCCGCUUCACCCGCGUCAAGCUCCUCCGUCCUACCGAUACCCUCGUCCUCGGUCACGCUUACCGCCUCAUCACUUCUCAAGUUAUGAAGGUGUUGAAGGCAAAGAAGCAUGCAAAGAUGAGGAAGAGUAGUCAGUCAGAAUCAGAUGAGAACUUGCCAAUGGCGGUGCCGGAGAACCGGAGCUCACGUGGAGAAACGAAAGCAAGGGAGUCUGAACUGGAGAAUACAAAUCAGGUAAUAAAACAUGAGAGACACCGACAUAGGACGACAGCAGCAAACACCCUUGCAGCAAGGUCAAAAUCAUGGCGCCCCUCUCUACAGAGCAUCUCCGAGGCCGGGAGCUGAGUCUACUACCAUUUUUUCCAAUCAAAAUGGUCCAUGGAAAGCACAAUAUAUUGCCUCUUCCCUUCAAAAUUGAACUCCUCAAGCUGGGGAAAAGUAGAUGCGGUAAAUCGAUGAAAGUGGGCAGCAAGAUUUCAAAGCAUUGUCAAACCCAGCUCACACAUCUUAACUGUUUUGAGCAAUAAAACUUUUGUAUAGCUUGACAAAAAAGGAUUGAAGUACAUUUUCGUCAUAGUUUAUGCAGUUGCAGAAUUAAAUCUGCAUCCCCAUGUUCUUAUGGUUGUUUAAUAUAUGAACAAAGGUUUAAUUAGAACACAAAAA